AUGUGCCCGGCAACCCUCUCCCACCUCUUCCUGCAGAUCGGGAAUUUGGAGAACUACUACCACUUCCACCACAGCAGGACGUUCAAGCGCUCGACGCUGAGCAGCCGGGGGCCGCACAGCUUCCUCCGCAUGGACCCCAAGGUGGAGUGGCUGCAGCAGCAGGAGGUCAAGCGCCGCGUCAAGAGGCUCGUCCGGGGCGACCCGCAGCCGCUGCCCUUCAACGACCCGGUGUGGCCCAACAUGUGGUACCUGCACUGCGGGGAUAAAAGCAGCCGCUGCCGCUCAGAAAUGAACGUCCUGGCGGCCUGGCAGCGGGGCUACACGGGCAAAAACGUGGUGGUCACCAUCCUGGACGACGGCAUCGAGCGCAACCACCCCGACCUCCUGCAGAACUAUGACCCUCUGGCGAGCUACGACGUCAAUGGGAAUGACCACGACCCGACGCCGCGCUACGAUGCCAGCAACGAGAACAAACACGGCACGCGCUGCGCCGGGGAGGUGGCUGCCGUGGCCAACAACGGGAUCUGCGGUGUCGGCGUGGCCUACAACGCCCGGAUCGGAGGCAUUCGUAUGUUAGAUGGCGAUGUAACAGAUGUUGUUGAAGCGAAGUCGCUUGGCAUCAGACCCGAUUACAUUGACAUUUACAGCGCGAGCUGGGGGCCAGAUGAUGAUGGGAAGACAGUUGAUGGACCUGGUCUAUUGGCCAAGCAGGCUUUUGAGCAUGGCAUUAAAAAGGGCCGCAGGGGCUUGGGAUCCAUUUUCGUCUGGGCUUCAGGAAAUGGAGGCAGAGAAGGAGAUUACUGCUCUUGUGACGGUUACACCAACAGCAUCUACACCAUCUCAGUGAGCAGCACCACCGAGAACGGGUACAAGCCCUGGUACCUGGAGGAAUGUGCCUCCACCCUCGCCACCACCUACAGCAGCGGGGCCUUCUAUGAGCGAAAAAUAGUCACCACGGACCUGAGGCACCGCUGCACGGACGGCCACACCGGCACCUCCGUCUCUGCCCCCAUGGUCGCCGGCAUCAUCGCCUUGGCUUUGGAAGCAAACCCCUUGCUCACCUGGAGAGAUGUCCAGCACCUGCUGGUGAAGACCUCGAGGCCCGUGCACCUGCGAGCGGCCGACUGGAAGACGAACGGCGCCGGGCACAAAGUUAGCCAUCUAUAUGGAUUUGGUCUGGUGGAUGCAGAAGCUAUUGUGCUGGAAGCCAAGAAGUGGAAAUCUGUCCCGCCGCAGCACGUCUGUGUGGGAAGCCUGGACAGGGUACCCAAGUACAUCCGCGCCGACCACGUGGUGCGUGCCACCACGCUCACCAGCGCCUGCGCCGACCAGCACGAGCAGCACGUGGUUUACCUGGAGCACGUCGUGGUGCGCGUCAGCAUCGCGCACCCCCGCCGCGGGGACCUGCAGAUCAGCCUCAUCUCCCCCGCGGGGACCAGGUCGCAGCUCCUUGCGAGGAGGGUGUUUGACCACUCUAACGAGGGCUUCAAGGGCUGGGAGUUCAUGACCGUGCACUGCUGGGGGGAGAAGGCGGCGGGGGAGUGGACCCUGGAGAUCCACGACACGCCGUCCCAAGUGCGCAACCCCGCGGCGCAAGGGAAGCUCAAGGAGUGGAGCCUCAUUUUCUAUGGGACGGCCGAGCACCCCUACAACACACUCAGCUCCCACCACUCCCGCUCGAGGAUGCUCGAGAUCUCGGCCUCGGAGAUGGAGCCGUCAAAGGCCGCCCUCCUCCAGAGCCAGAUGGAGAUUGUGGAGGAGGAGGAGGAGUAUGCAGGUCUGUGCCAUCCUGAGUGCGGUGACCAGGGAUGCGACGGUCCCAACGCCGAUCAGUGCUUGAACUGCAUCCACUACAGCCUUGGGAGCGUGAAAAGCGGCAGGAUGUGUGUGAGCUCGUGCCCGUCAGGAUUUUUUGGUGACAAAGGCGCAAGAAGGUGCCGGAGGUGCUACAAGGGGUGUGAAAGCUGCCUCGGGAGGGGCCCGAACCAGUGCACGGCGUGCAAGCGGAGCCUCUAUCACCACCAGGAGAUGAACUCGUGCGUGGUGCUGUGCCCGCCCGGAUUUUACUCUGAGGAACGUCAGAAACGCUGUCUUAAAUGUCAUCAGAGCUGUAAAAAGUGUGUUGGCGAACCAGAUAGAUGUACUGCAUGCAAAGAUGGAUUCAGCCUGGUGGGAGAGAGCUGCGUGCCAGAGUGCCAGCCUGCCAGCUACCUCAGCAGGGAGCCCCGGCGCUGCGAGAGCUGCCCUGCCGCCUGCCCGGCCUGCGCAGCCUACAAUCUAGCACCUGGAGGCACCUCAGGCGGGCGCUACCUGCUCCGUUUGCCCCCGGGCGCUGGGUGCGAUGACCACUGCCUGGCAUGCGAAGGGUCUGCCGGGAACUGCGUCAAGUGCAAGGAAGGUUUCAGCCUCCUCAGCGGCUCCUGCGUGACAAACGAGACCUGCACCAACGCUGACAAGACUUUCUGUGAGAUGGUGAAAUCAAACAAGCUCUGUGAAAAGAAGCUGUUUGUGCAGUUCUGCUGUCAGACGUGUCUUAUGGCUGGGUAAAGUUCAGCAGCUGCAUCCAGGACUUCCAACUGCCAGCCCAUUUUUGCCAAAUGUUUAGGACUAAAGUUUAUUUUUUCAGCUUUGGGAGAGUUUACAUGGUGCUGUCAAGCAUUUGCUUGUAAGUUUGAUAGCUUUAAUAUCACUGUUGGUGUGUUUCUAUAGCAAUACAUUCAGCUCAGAAUGGAUUGUACCCUGAAAGAUUAAGUCCUAAAAGGUACCAGGCAAGCGGUGAUAUUAACACUC